UCUCUCUCUCUCUCUCUCUGUAAAAAAGACAGAGACAAAACCGUGGAUCUAUCUCAUCCCACCAUUCUCUUCCUCCUCUGCUCAAUCAAUCAAUUACCCAUCCUCAACGCCUCUCUCUCUCUCUCUCUCUCUCUCUCUCUCUCCUCCAAGCCCCCCAGAUUAGGGUUAGAUCCCGAUCCCGAUCCCCCCCCCCCUCUCUCUCUCUCUCUCUCUCUCUCUCUCUCUCUCUCUCUACACAUGCAUACAUAUUGAGAUAUCCAGAUAGAUCGAUUCAGAUCUAACCCCAACAAACCCCACUCCCAUCUCCAUACCCUCCCUCCCCUAUUACUCUCUCUCUCUCUCUCUCUCUCCAAUUCCACUUCCCUCUCUCCUCCAUCCCCAAUUUCACCAGACACUUUCUCUCCAUAUUUAUCGAUGUCUUCUCUCCGUCCAGAUCUGACUACCAAAAUCUACCCCGAACCCUACACCACCUCAACCGAGGAGGCGGAGGACCACUUCGACCUCCUCCCAGACUCCCUCCUCCUCCUCAUCUUCAACCGGAUCGGCGACGUCAAGGCCCUCGGCCGCUGCUGCCUCGUCUCCCGCCGCUUCCACCUCCUCAUCCCCCAGGUCGACAACGUCCUCGUCCGCGUCGACUGUGUCAUCUCCGACGACGACGCCCCCUCCUCCUCCUCCUCCUCCUCCGCCUCCGGAUCCGACAAGUCCCGCUCCUCCUCCGCCUUCUCCGCCCUCUUCCGCGCCCUCCUCGGCCCCAUUGCCAAGCCCUUCCAAGCCCUCGGCCAGCUCCUCGGCCCCAAACGCCCCAACUCCUCAUCAGCAGAGGACGACGAUGAAUUUGAUUCCAAUGGUGGGGUCACCCACCACUCUCCCACUCAGGUAUUGAAAAACUUUAGCGAAAUUCGGGUCUUGCGUAUUGAGCUUCCUAGUGGUGAAUUGGGUACCGAGGAUGGCGUUUGUUUGAAAUGGAGGGCUGAUUUUGGCUCCACCCUUGAUAAUUGCGUCAUCCUUGGUGCCUCGUCUGUGAUUCCAGGUAAUGGGUUUUUCGGAAUCGAUAACGGGAACGGGAAUGGGAAUGGUAAUGGGGUUGUAGAGGAUAAUGGGAGUAUACCCGAAUCGUUUUACACGAACGGGGGUUUGAAAUUGAGAGUGGUGUGGACUAUUAGCUCGUUGAUUGCUGCCUCUGCGAGGCAUUACUUGCUUCAACCGAUAAUCGCCGAGCACAAGACGUUGGAUAGCUUGGUUUUGACUGAUGCCGAUGGGCAAGGGGUCUUGUGUAUGAAUAAGGAACAGUUGGAAGAGUUGAGGGUGAAGCCUCUAUCAGCUUCGUCUGCAUCUAAGAGGACACUUGUUCCGGCUUUGAACAUGAGGUUGUGGUAUGCACCCCACUUGGAAUUGCCCGAUGGGACCGUGCUUAAGGGGGCAACAUUGGUUGCAAUUAGGCCCAGCGAACAGUCAGGUUUGAAGAAGGAGGGAUCGGAUGGGUCUUGGGUUUCGGCUGCGUUUGAGGAGCCGUAUGGGAUGGCGGCAAAAAUGCUGGUGAAGAGGAGGACUUAUUGUCUUGAGAUGAACUCCUUCUGAGUGGCAAUGGUGUUGAGGGUAAGUGUGUAUGAUAAGAAGAAAGAGGGUUCACAUAUUUGAGAAGGUAGAGGAGACACAAAAUUUUGUUUGCCCAUUGCUUAAUGCAAGUGCUUGUUUUGUCAAGCCCGAUAAUUCUUCAUACUUAGCAACUGAAAUGGUGUCCUUGAUCGAUUAUGCGUUGUGGAAUUGAUCCCAAUUACUGCUUCAACAAAUGGAAGGAUGGAUAAAAUGCAUUUGCUGCUUGUUUAAAUUUCAGGCAUAUGCUGUAAGUGUGCACACAAAAUCACUGACGAAAGUUACUGGGAGCAGCACUUAAAAAAGUUGAAAGGCGUUUGUAGAGUGCAGUACUCAUCAUGUACUCAGAAGAGACUAAUCUGGGUACCAUUGAAUCACGUCAACGUGACUAAUGCUGCAGAGCUCUGAGUUUGUAGUCUUUUGAAUGUCAAUCACCUCUAUAUAUGUGAAUAUUGUAGGUUUGAUUAUUGUGCCCUUGUGAGCAGUGUACUCUCCCUUUAGCUUUGUAUUUCAAGUCACUAGUUUUCUGGUUGUUGCAAAGCUUCUUGUAUGCAUGUUGAAAAUGGGCUCUCAUACCCUUGCAUCUUGUGACCACUUUUCUGUUUAGACUUGAGAAACGUCCACUUUCGUGUACUUCGAUCGUACUUCUUGUUGCAUAAACUAUCACGAGUUCAAAUA